AUGCCCUCAUAUCAAGCACAAACUCUUAUCUUUAUUCCAGGACACAACCUUGUCUGGCGAACUCCAGUGAUGAGCCUGAACUGUCCAGUUGGGGAAAAACCAUGUCAUAACGGGGCUUAUGUGCGUUGUGAGCCCCGUCAUGAAAUAUGUUCAGGGAGGGUGAACUGUAUCAAUGCUGGCGAUUUUUGCAAUGGAUUGAUUCGACCACCUUGCAUGCGUGAAGAGUUUAAAUGCAACGACGGAUUUUGCAUCCCUGCAAAUGAGAGAUGCAACGGACGAAAAGCCUGCCUUGACAACUCGGAUGAAUGGAACUGUGAGUCUCCAUCUGGACCACCAGUCACUGUUAUCCUCAUUAUCAGCUUGUUGGUCCUCUGGGUGAUCAUCAUCAUUCCGGUCAUCAUUUACACGGUGAGGAAAUGUCGCCAGAAGAAGCGGGCCCGACAACCGAACCAGCCGAUACAGAACAGUCAUCCUGGCCCAAUACCAAUGGGUUUAAUGUCACAAAUACACGAAGGCCAUGACUUUCAACUGACCCAGCAGUGUGUUGGAGAAAUUGGUUCUGGGUUUACGUCCCAAGCGCAACCUAGUGGAUACACUACGUUCCUUGGAACCGAUCCACCUCGCUACACAGAGGUCGUGGAAACAGUUCCCGUUCAAGCACAGGUUGGAAGGUCACCCAAACCUCCCGAACGGGCACCAGACUUAACCACUCCUCCGCCUGCUGAUAAGAGCAACAAUGCCAGUUGUCAACGGGACAAUACAAGCAAAUCCCCAGACAGAGUUGAAGACAAUACAAGGCAUAUUACAAAUAAAGACCUGCGAUCUAUUCAACAAUCCUCACCACAGGACUCCACGGAAACGCACUGUAACAGCGUACAAACAAGCCACGAUUCACCAAUACCUGAACCAAAUGGACAAAUAAAGGAAACUCUGCCAAAUGAACAUAUCAAUGAAUCAGCAUACAAUAAGAGAGAGAAAGAUGAAACUGGACUAGCGCUGUGUGAAUCAAAUGGUAGUAUCCGAGAUGAUGAUGUGAUACCAAGUGAAAUAAGUGUGCCGUUCAGAGAUCAUAGCAAGACAGUACCGCAAAGCCAGAAUGCUAAAACCACGAAUUGUAGUAAAGAUCACAUUUAUGAAAACAUCGCAUUCGUUAAUGACCUUGCAACAGUUGAGGACAAAUCUUAUCCGUUUCAAAAUGAAGGAAAUAACAACAUUCCAAGAGAUAGUGAUCAAAACGAUGCCAUUGCCAAUCACUAUGAAGAUAAACCUGAAUUACCACCAAGAAUCAAAAAUGAAGUCUCAAAAAACUCUAGACUUGUGGACUCUGACGAAGCAGAAAACCAAUCGUUGAUGAUUACCCAAUCAGUGGCCAGCGAAGUCAAUCAUGAAUCGGCAAUAAUGAUUGAUAAUGUCACCACAACUACUCCAAUAUCGCCAAAACCUGACACAAAUAAUGUUAUAGCAGAAGUUGAUAAACAAAACAUACCUGGAGUGUACAGCAAGCCCAAAAUUGCGAAGAAAUCGAAUGCCAGUGAAAAGGAUACCAAAAGAACAAAACAUGUUCGAAGAAAGACAAUUGAUAUACUUAAAAGUGCAGACAGUCUUUUAAAUAUUGCAAACAUUAACAACGCAGUAAGGGAAGAUACCGACAUGGUGAACAGAGGUUUUGAAUUUGACAACAAUGAUAACACUGUCAAUGAUCAAAGUAUUCUGAGACAAAACCCAGAAUGGUUCAAAGGACACAAGGGCAGUGACAGAUCAGACGCCAUAAAAUGCGAUAGGAAACGAGGAGAAAUGCAAAAUCGGGAUGACAGUGCAGCCAUGGGUGGUGAUAGGAACCUGAAACAAAUUGACCCCAAAAAGGAUCACGCAGAUGAUCGUUUUGUUGAAACAGCUGAUACGUUAAUUGAACAACUGGUUGAUAAUAUACAGAACUCAGGUCAUAUAGGAUACUUUGACAAACGUAGAAGUAUUGAAAAUUUAUCUUAUGAAUCUAAAGUUAAUAGUAAGACAGGUCCAAGGGAAAUUGAAACUACAAGGCGAAACUUUUACAACCGAGCAAAUGACUUUACCACGACACAAAUUCAUCGACAUAUAUGGGAUGGUUCACUGAGCAACGGGACAUCAUAUCGGGACAUAUCAGUGCCCAUAUAUGGGAUUCAUAGGGCAAAAAGUUUGAAUUCUAUCGUUGUUCCGCUGACGACAUACCAUCAGAAUAUAUCGGAAUAUCCCAGUGUUGAUAAUAUGCAUCGGGGACAUUCUGUGAAUGAUCUACAUUUGACAUGGGCUGUAAAUAGAGACACUUCUGACGUGUAA